AUGAUCACUUUGAGCAGCAGUGCAUUGGGAGGGGAGGUUCUUCUCAUGAUCGGCAUUCCUGGAAUGAGCAAGAUCCACCACAGAUUGUUCUCCAUCCUCUUCUGCUUGUUUUACCUGAUUGCUUUCUCUGGGAACUGCACCAUCCUCUUCAUCAUUAAGAGAACGCCAAGUCUCCAUGAGCCAAUGCACCACUUCCUUUCCAUGCUGGCCGUUGUGGAUCUGGUCAUGACCAUGUGUACUCUUCCCACCACAUUGGGCAUUUUCUGGUUUGACAUCCGGACCAUUGGAUUCGAUGCCUGCCUCACUCAGAUGUAUUUCAUCCACAUCAUCUCUGUGCUGGAGUCGUCCGUGCUGCUGGCCAUGGCCUUUGACCGCUUCGUUGCCAUUUCGCGGCCUCUGAGGUACAAAGCCAUCCUGACCAAGGUGACCAUCAUCAAGAUGGGCCUAGCCAUGUUGGUCAGAGCAGUUGUCUCCCUCCUGCCAAUUCCAUUCUUACUCAAGAGGCUGUCGUACUGCGCCAACAACAGUCUCUCUCACUCCUUUUGCGUCCAUCCGGACGUGAUGAAAUUGGCCUGUGAGGAUGACAUCACGGUCAACAUUCUGUAUGGCUUAGUGGUCAUCCUCUCAACUGCUGGCAUAGAUUUCAUCUUCAUUGUGCUUUCUUACGUCCUGAUUGUCAGGACCGUUGUCAACCUGGGGGCCAAAGGGAAGUGUUGGAAGACGCUGAACACAUGUGUCUCUCACAUUUGUGCUGUAUUCGUUUUUUUCAUCCCUAUGAUUGGCCUGUCCAUGAUUCACCGAUUUGGCAAGGAUGUCCCCCCAAUUGUAAGCACCGUGGUUGCCUACAUCUACCUCAUAGUGCCUCCUGCUCUGAACCCCGUCAUAUACAGCAUCAAAUCCAAGCCGAUCCGGAAAGCUAUCUGGAGAAUGCUGCUUUGGAAGAGGAAUACUGUCAGAAAUAGGGAUACUAUUUCUCUCCAGGGAGUCUGA